CUACCUGUUGAAUAUCACCGCAGUUUAAUUUGCAAGUUUGGGGUUGGGUUGACGAGUCACUCACUGUCGAAGAACAAAGUCGAACCUGGAAAAAGGAGAGUCAGUCGAGGUUUUGUCGAGGUAAAUGCGGAAGGAAAGAGGAUUUGUGCAACUGGUUGCCACUUCUAACCGGACCGAUCGACCAAAGGAUUUAUCAACCGAUCAAACCGAUUUAUUGACGCCAAAAAAACACAAUGCCUUUAGGACUGAGGAGAAAGAAGAACAAGUCGAGAGAGAGCUCGAACCUGGUGGAGAACGAGGAGGUCGGUGGACACGCAACUGGGAGCUCCGUGAAGUCGACCGUAAACGGAGCGGGGCUCCCACCGCCACCUGCCAACCUGCGGCCCAAACUAGUGUUCCACACUCAGCUCGCCCACGGCAGCCCCACGGGAAGGAUCGAGGGAUUUACUAACGUCAAAGAACUCUACGGGAAAAUAGCUGAUACGUUCAAUUUAAGUCCACCAGAGAUCCUGUUCUGUACAUUGAACACCCAUAAGAUCGACAUGGAGAAGCUGCUUGGUGGUCAGAUCGGCCUGGAGGACUUUAUAUUCGCCCACAUUAAAGGGAUUAAGAAGGAGGUGGAGGUGUUUAAAUCAGAGGAGGCCCUGGGACUCACCAUUACAGACAACGGGGCGGGAUACGCCUUCAUCAAG